UCAAUGCAUGUCACUCAUGCAUUUGAUCUUAAUUAUUUUUAUAUAUCUUAUUAACUUAUUUUAUAAACUUAGCUUUUUGCCAUGUGUCUAUGGAAACUUAGCUUUCGGCUCAUCCUCCAUGGAUUCCGGUUCCAGCAGCAGCGGACCAUCGUUGUUCUCCCUUCCAGCUUCGACGCCGCUGAGCCCGCUAGCAGCUUCUAUUGCGCAGCGGCUUCCCACCAUCCCGCCACCGGACUCCUACAGAUUAUUCAAUAUGCCUGAGCCAUUCUCCUGGACUCCUUUAGCAACCCUCGAACCGUCGCCAGUUUUUCCACAGCCUCUGGUAUUAGGCGGAUCAAACGCCAUAUUUUCGGGACCUACUCUCUCGGGCCACGCUGGGGUUUCAGCAUUGCCCUCAGAUUUUUCCCAUCCAGAUUUGGAGACUCUUCGACAUCUUCUCCAGGCGCAAGAGCAAAGGGGUGCCUUUCUGCAGACUCAGGACACACCUCCUACGCACCAGGCCAGGCACCUGCUGGCAGAGGUGGCCCUCGUGCUGGCGCUCCUGGCCGUGGCCCAGGAGGACGGGGAAACCGUGGCAGUCGUGGCCGUGGAGGACGCGGACGUGGUGGCCGCGGGUAUUACCAGCACUAUCCCCCUCACCAGCAGCCUGGCAGUGCUCCUCCGGCGUAUGACGGUCAUCCCGGACAGCACAUUAUUCCUCCACGUGAUCCUCCAUAUACUGGCGGUGCAGCUUAUUCAGACGCAGAUUGGGCAGGUUGCCCUGAUAGCUCGCGGUCUACUACAAGUUACACGAUUUUCUUGGGCUCCAACCUAAUCUCCUGGCGCUCCAAGAAACAACCCACGGUGUCUAAAUCCUCUACUGAAGCUGAACACAGGGCUAUUGCUUACACUGUCCAAGACACACUCUUCAUUCACUCUCUCUUGGCAGAUAUGGGAAUUUUUAUCUCGACUCCAGUUCAGCUUCUUUGUGACAAUGCCUCAGCUUCAUAUUUGGCAGUUAAUCUUAUUCAGCAAGAUCGCA